GGAGCGUCGGUAUUGACGUAUCGGCAUAGUCUAGGUGGAAGUGCGAUGUGUGAAACGUGAAUAAAGUGGUGCAUGGUGUUCCAUGGGCUGUGUAUGGGAUCGUGAUCGACACCAUGCAGAAGGACACUCCACCAGGUCCCAGCACCGACCAACAGUUUGUCGGCCCUUACCGUCUGGACAAAACUCUGGGCAAAGGACAAACGGGACUAGUUAAAUUGGGCAUCCACUGUGUCACAGGAAAAAAAGUUGCAAUCAAAAUUAUUAAUCGUGAGAAACUAAGUGAAUCGGUGCUUAUGAAGGUUGAGCGAGAAAUUGCUAUCAUGAAACUUAUAGAUCAUCCACAUGUCCUAGGGUUGUCAGAUGUGUAUGAAAAUAAAAAAUAUUUGUAUUUGGUGCUAGAACACGUGUCUGGAGGGGAGCUCUUUGAUUAUUUAGUUAAAAAAGGAAGGUUAACGCCUAAAGAAGCAAGGAGGUUUUUCAGACAAAUUAUAUCCGCCCUAGAUUUUUGUCAUAGUCAUUCAAUUUGUCAUAGAGACUUGAAGCCUGAAAAUUUGUUAUUAGAUGAGAAAAAUAAUAUUAAAAUAGCUGAUUUUGGAAUGGCGUCCCUUCAGCCUGGGGGAAGCAUGCUUGAAACUAGUUGUGGGUCGCCUCACUAUGCAUGUCCAGAAGUGAUAAGGGGGGAGAAAUAUGAUGGCAGGAGAGCGGAUGUUUGGUCCUGUGGGGUGAUAUUAUAUGCUCUUCUUGUUGGGGCACUGCCCUUUGAUGAUGACAACUUACGCCAGUUGCUAGAGAAAGUGAAACGAGGAGUCUUUCACAUACCACACUUUGUACCCCCAGAUUGUCAAAAUCUGUUGCGUGGAAUGAUCGAAGUGAACCCUGAGAAAAGGCUUACACUGGCAGAGAUCAACCGACACCCGUGGGUGACUGCGGGUGGCAAGGGUGAGCUUGAGCUGGAGUUGCCAAUGAUGGAAGUGGUUCAAACUCACAUCAUCCCCUCCGUUGAUGAAAUGGACACAGAUGUUCUACAGGCCAUCACUAGCCUAGGCUGCUUUAAACAUAGAGACAGGCUAAUUCAAGACUUACUAGCUCCUAACCAUAAUACAGAAAAGGUGAUUUAUUUCUUAUUGCUGGAGAGGAAAAGAAGAAGGCCAGCUGUGGAGGAUGAAACAGAACAAGUCGCAGCCCGUGUCCGGGCCGAGAGCAGUGAUCCUCCACGUAAAAGAGUAGACACUUGCCUUAUCAAUGGAACUAAUGUAAUGCAGUUUGCACAAAUCAGUGAAGGCUCCCCAGUUACUCCUAGAAGACAAAAUCUCCAGGCAAGACAUCACAACAGAAGAGGCAGUAACCAUCUCUGUACAAACGCUCAGACAACACCAACCAACUUUAGCAACAACUCAUUAAGUCUCGCCUCUCCCCUUCCACAGAGAGCAGCGUCUGCUCACACGAACCACCAACAACCACCAUCAUCACCUGUGCCUCGUCAUCAGACAACCAUCUCCUCCCUGACACCUCCUCCUCUGUCCCCUGCCCACUACCAGAGGACCACACCAGACUCCAACGAUCAGUCGGCUCCAUCUCCUAUCACCGCUGGUAGUCAUCUUGUGGCUUGCACACCACCUGGGUCCCCUCAUACUCCUAACCACUGGCGCUCCCGUCUCACUACCAUCAAGAACAGCUUCCUGGGCUCCCCAAGGUUUCACCGGAGAAAACUGCAAGCAUCAUCAGAGGAGGUUGGCCUUACUCCUGAGUCAUCGCCAGAACUUACAAAAAAGUCCUGGUUUGGCAGUUUAAUGACUUCCGAGAAAGAUGAGACAUUUACAGUCCUUGUAAAAGGAAAGCCUCUUGCAUCCGUCAAGGCUGAUCUGAUCCACGCGUUUCUGUCCAUAGCUGAGUUAAGUCACAGCGUGUCUAGUCCCAUGUCUUUCCGUGUGGAGUACAGGCGAGGCACCACGGGCGCUGCAAUGUUUCAGCGACAAGUCCGCUUUCAAGUCGACAUCUCAACAGUUUCUAAACCGAGUUGCCCUAAAGAGUACCUGUAUGCAGUCACUUUUACUCUUAUCUCAGGCAAUAUCAGGAGAUUCAGAAGAGUGUGUGAACAUAUCCAAUCGCAAGUGUGCUCCCGACACCCACCAUCUUCCCCGCGAGCCUCUCGCAAGUUCACCACCGAGCUGUCAGAAUCUUCCAGCUGCGGAAGUGACACUUCGGACCGGCUCUCUCCCUACCUCGGCACAAGACAAGCUGAAUCAGAUAUAGAGUCAGACACAUCAGUAUUUGAUGUCAAAGCAUCCCGAGACAACAACACUGCUGGGGGUAGGCGGCGGAGUAGCAGUGUUGUGAACAACAACAACAACAACAACAGCAGUGGGGGUGUCACAUCGCCAGAAGCUACCCCUCCCCUUCCGAUCCGGUCCACCAGUGAAAGAACUAAUGUUACUACCAACCAGUUGUCUUGAGAUACGAUUAUCCAUUAUUGUUUAUCAAUACAGAAGUGUAAAGCACCCACCAGAUGUUGGUCCAGGCGCCAAGUUCGCUGUCCAGUCUCCCCUCUCCCCCUCCGCUUCUAGACGCUGUGAUCUCAUUUUACAGGAUGUCUAUUGUCAAAAAUUAGCCAGCUUUCACCGCUGUUAAUUUCUGAUGGAUAUUUAGCAUUGCUUUUGAGAUAUACUCGAUAAGAAACUAUAUUAACUUCAAAAUAUCCGUUACAGUUAAUUGUAUAUUCACCAAAGAUUUAUAGAAUAUCUACUACCAUUAGUAAAUAUCAAAUCAUGUAUUGUAUUAGAUAGUAACAAAUCGUUUUUAGAAUACAAUCUGCUAAGCAAGUAGGUUACAAUCUAAUUUUAAGAGGUUGGUUUGGUCUGUAUGUGAUGAGUAUAAUAGUCCUCAUGGGAAAAAUAUUUCUUGUUUGAACAAAAAAUAAUUAAAUAAUUUAAUUUUAUUUGAACAUAGUGAUUGUCCCACACCUACAUGCAUACUAUUGGUUUGAAUUUACUGAGGGUUUUCCCAUUUUUGGAUAUAAAUAAUUUGUUGGGUAAUAUUAAAUUUAAAGACAAAUCAUUUAUGGACGGUUCUGGUUUUUGACAUUGUAUCCACUUGCACAAAAAAGAAACUUCAAACAAAGUUUAGCAUUUUAUAAUAUUCAAACCUUUAAUAUCAACAAACUUGUUCUUAGACUGACAUUAAAUUUUUCAAAAUAAAUUUUGCCUUUGUUCUUGGUGUAACUGUUUCACUGUCAAGAGGACUUAUGUAGAGUUAUUAUGUGUUUGGUGAGAAGAAACCCAUUUAUAAGCAAUACUUCGCAACAAUGUAGUUGGGUGUUUCGCGUUAAUUAUUACAAGAGUUUCAACUACACCAAUGAAAUAUAUCCUCUGUAGUAUAAUAGAGAGAGUGUGGACCAAUCACUGGUUCGAAAGGCCUAAAUUAAAGAGUUAAAGCUUUUAGUUCAGUAUAUUUGGAAUGGUAUAGCACUCAUUAUUAAUUCAGGCAAUACUCUUAAAAUACUUAUUUGUUGUAUUUGAAACCUUAAAACAAUAUGAGGUAUGACCUUUAUAUUGCUCAAACACAGACCUAAUCUUUUAUACAAACUACACUAUGGUAAAGGAGCAAUCAAUCAUCAAUUGGUGUUAUCCUAUUGUACGAAUUAGCUAAAAUGUUGACUAAAGUUCAAUACUUGACAGUAUCUAAGCUGCAAAUGAUAUUGAUUUAGAGUCACCUGUCUCUAGCUAGACUGAUGUAAACUCUAGCCAAUAUGCUUUACCUGAUCAGUCGAUAAACAAAUAGUAAAAAACUUAUCUACGGUUUGGGCACAGACAUCCUUAACAUUCCAAAUUUGUAGAUAUAUUUAUGAUAUUUUAAAUAAACUAAGUUUUACAAGUUUUAAUGUGGGUAGUUUUAAAGUACAGUAAUGGAAUAUAGCCAACUAUUUUGUUAUUGAGUCGCUAACAGAAUCUGAGCUGUAAAUGUGCUUUGUUUUGUCUAAGAGUGUGACAAUUUGUGAGGAUAAUGGUCCCAUCAGGGAAAGUGAUUUUCGCUAAAGCUAUACAUAGUCCAUUUGUAGGCGCCUUUAGAAUAUUUUAUAUACCCUAAUCCACAAUGUGUUUGAGUUUAAUAUUCUUUGUGUUACAAAUGCACCAAUGAAAUGUUGAUAAUUAUUUUUCAAACAAAACUGACAAUAAAUCAGUGCGCAGUGUAAGUACUAUUGCAUGAUUCCUUCUUCGAUAUUAUCUUAUUUGGUAAAUUUUUUCUCCGCUAUUCGAGCCUAAUAACUCUUGUUUGGAACAUAGGCUAUCACUAAGUGGAUUUGAUAGGUUAGCCAGUAGUGAUUUUAUAUGAUAAUUAUUUUUGGAAAUGCCGUCUUAUUUUACACCGAAAUAGGAAAAUGUAAAAUAAUCGUGUCAAUCGUUGCUUUGUUAGUUUUUGUUAUUUUCUAUAAACAUUUUUAAAUGUUAGCUGAUGGUUAUGAAAGUCGUUUGUGAAUGAAUUGUAACCAAAGAGCUUGCUACUGAUGUUAUAUAUUUUGUUACUGCAUUUUGCCUGUUACCUUAUUGUAAAUAUUAUCGCUUGCACUCAUCUGUUAUGUGCUUAGUUGUUAGUUUGUACAUUAUUCCCAAUCCUUGUUAUUUUGUCUAUACAAUGUUGUAAUCAUAACAAGACCAUUGUUAUGGUGUAACUUAUAGUAAAAUUAUUAUUUUCAUUCCUUAUGUUAUAUAUAAAAAUUAAUAAAAAUCAAAACAAAAUGCUAAACAAUGGAGUAAAAAUUUAA